GGAUAGUAGAGAAGUCCAAAUCAGCUCAGUUUAAUUGCUCAUCAUAUUGAAAAGACCAAUUAUAUUCUUUUGUUUUUCUAUCUCAUUGGGCAGUCCGGCGGCCGGCGCGACGGUUAGAUAUAUGGGUCUUCUCGUAUGUCGAGCCUUUCUUUCUCUUCUUAUCGGCGCUGCCAGUGUUGUUUACGGCUUCCCUGAUGAAGAUUUGGUGGUGGGAUUGCCGGGACAGCCGAAUGUGACUUUCCGGCAGUACGCCGGCUACGUAGAUACCGACGAGAAGGCCGGGCGGAGCUUGUUUUACUACUUUGUGGAAGCUGAAAAGGAGGCGCAUCAUCUUCCCCUUACUCUUUGGUUAAAUGGAGGCCCUGGAUGCUCCUCAAUCGGUGGGGGCGCCUUUACGGAGCUCGGUCCCUUUUUUCCGUCAGGUGAUGGUCGUGGUCUUCGCAGGAACUCAAAAUCUUGGAACAAAGCAUCGAACCUUCUAUUUGUUGAGGCCCCGGCAGGAGUAGGAUGGUCAUACUCAAAUACGACCAGUGAUUAUACUUGUGGGGAUGACAGCACAGCUCGUGAUAUGCUUAUAUUUAUGCAAAAAUGGUAUGAAAAAUUCCCAGCAUUUGUGGACAGACCAUUGUUUCUCACCGGCGAAAGCUAUGCAGGACAUUACAUUCCACAAUUAGCAAGUCUUAUGAUAGAUCACAACAAAGAUUUCAAGGGGCAGCAAUUUCAAAUUAAAGGUGUUGCGCUAGGUAAUCCCCUAGUGAAAAUAGACAGAGAUGUGCCGGCGGUGACAGAGUUCUUCUGGUCUCACGGAAUGAUUUCGGAUGAAAACUAUAACGCCAUCAAGAGGGAAUGUGAUUUCGAUGACUACAGUUUCAUCUAUCCACACAAUGAAUCUGAUCCCUGCAAUGCAGCGAUCACUGAACAAUACCGCGUCAUUACUCAUUAUAUCAAUGUUUACGACGUCAUUCUUGAUGUCUGUUACCCUUCCAUUGUUCAGCAAGAGCUCAUUCUUAACAAAGUGGUUACUAAGAUGAGUAUGGAAGUAGAUGUGUGUAUAACAGCAGAGAGGAGCUUCUAUCUCAACCUUCCAGAAGUUCAAAAGGCCCUUCAUGCAAAUCGAACCAAAUUGCCCUAUCAAUGGCAAACAUGUGCUGACUUUGCUAUGUUGAACUACAGCCAGAUAGAUGGUGACGUGAAUGUGGUUCCAUUGCUUAAAAAAAUACUGCAAAACAAAAUCCCUCUUUGGAUAUUCAGCGGGGAUCAAGAUUCAGUGGUACCCCUGGUGGGGUCAAGAACGGUCGUACGCGAGUUAGCCGCCGAGCUGAACAUGAACAUCACCGUCCCUUACAGCGUAUGGUACCACAAAGGCCAAGUUGGAGGGUGGCAGACUGAAUAUGGAAACUUGUUGACAUUUGCGACGGUGAGAGGGGCGGCUCACAUGGUGCCAUAUGCUCAGCCGGGAAGAGCUUUACAUCUCUUCAGCUCAUUCAUCCGAGGAAGAAGGCUGCCCAAUUCUACCUCCAUUCCUAUAGACCAUCAAGAAUAUUAUUGGUUGUGAUUUGUGAAUGUAAAAGUACUCUAAUGGAACGUUUUGUUUGGUUUGGUUCGAUUCGGCCGCGCAUGUACAUGAAACAUC